AUAAAAGAGAACGCUUGGAGCCUCCCGGCAAAUUCAUUGUUCCUCUUUAGAAGUGGAGCCGCCCCGCCGAAGUAAUGGUGUCGCAACACGGUAUCAAACUCGCCGUCCAUCUGGUUUCUUCCUUCUUCGGCGAUCACAAUGCUAAAGUCUGUGAUUGUCUUCUUCGAAGAGGAACCCUAACUUUGCCCUUAAUCAUGCGCUACACUGAACUCAGUAAAGAAAAUGUUAGACAUUGUCUACUUGCUUUAAUUCAUCAAAAUUGCGUUCAAGCCUUUUCAAUUCAGCAAGAAGGUGCUUUCGGAGAGGCGCCAAAGGUUAUAACACAGUAUAUGGCUUUAUUUGACAACAUCAUUCACCGCAUGAGGUUCCCCAAAUUCAUGGGAAUUGUUUCAGAGGAGCUUGGCGAAGAUUGUGAAAAGAUUUUUAAGCUUUUACUUCAACACGGGAGGCUUUCUUUGAGUCAAAUUACUGUUGAUAAAGGAGAAAAUUCUACGUUGGAAAGUUUACAAGAAAAUUUCAAUAAACUUGUACAUGGAAGAUUUGUGGAGCGGUGUCCUGCCCCUGAACCAUUUCUUGAACCACCACCUGAAGAACAACCUCCUGCGAAGAAGCGUGGUACCAAGUCGUCCAAGGUAGUUGAAUUGACGAUAGAGCAGCGAGCUUUGGUAGCAGCAGCUCCGUUAGACUCGCUAAGGUUUGUGGUCGAAGCACACCACUGGGAUGACGCUUCCACUGAAAAGAGCGAGGGAAGGUCCACGGAUGUGACAACAGCAGAGAAGCGGAAGCGAGAUGUUUUUGAGCUAGAUGGUAGCCCACUGGAUAAAGAAGACAAGAAAGAAGUUCUUUGGCGUGUCAAUGCCGAAGAAUUUUUGCUCCGUUUGAGGAAUAAGGUUUGCGUUGAAAAUGUGAGAUCACGCUUUGGUACUGAGUGUGGCACUGUUCUAAGUGCAGUUUUAGAGUUAGAUAAGGGUUCAAACGGUAGAGUUGACGCAGGAAGGACAGCUUCCUUUACAAUAACUACAAUCUAUGAUGAGAUAAUAAAGGAAGGUCAUCUGUCCAUGAACCUGGAACGCAUUACAGAUUGCCUAGUUCAAAUGGGUUGCCAACGGCCAAUGAUAGAGAUUGAUGAACCAUAUAGCAUUGAUUUGAAGAGCAUUAUUGAAAGGGCUCAGACUGAAGAGGUGGAAUCCAUUGUACUGAAAAGGUAUGGAAGAGAGGCUUAUAGGAUGUUCAGGUUGAUCUCUCAGAAGGGUCACCUUCUUGAGACUGAUAAGAUUGCAGAUGCUACAUUCAUUGAGAAGAAAGAUGCAAUCAGAGUACUUUAUAAGCUGUGGAAAGAUGACUAUUUACAGAUGGAGAAAGUUAAUGUGAGUGGUGGAGGGCCUGGAGGAGGCAAGGCGAUCCAGUUGAUGUUGUGGAAAGUGAACAAGAUGUGCCUUUGGGAACAUGUUUUAGACGAGAUGUACCAUGCUGCUUUGAAUUUGAGACAUCGGAUGGCUCAUGACCUUGAACAAGAAAAACAGGUCUUAUGAAUGUGUUUCUUUUGUUGGGAUUGUAAGAUUAUUGCAUAUAAUUACAAACUGAAAGUUUACGUUUGACCUUUGCCAGAUUCGUGAUAAGAAGCCGGAGGAGCUUAAAGCCAGGAGGUCAAAAAUCAGACUUAUAUAUGAAUCCUCAUUCAUGAAUCUUGAUGAUGCGGUGAUGCUUUUCCAGAAUUUCAGAUUUUAGGUUUUGAUUGUCUCGUUUGUCGUCCAUUCUUCUGGCCAUUUUUUUGCCGUUUUUGUUACACAAAUAACCCGCACCCGAAUUAGCUCCGAGCCGGAGAUUUUCCCCUCCGGGCUGGGGCAAAAUGAUUUUUGUAGCAGUGUAAAGUGAAAGUUUCUUCCCUUUUGAAAACUGGGGAACUCCUAACUUAGACCUAAUUAUUUCGGGACAAAAUUGUUGAAGGGUUUUUCCUGGUCGUUUUUCUAGUUCUAUCACCCGCGUUCGUUGGAGUGAGAUUAGCCGUCAGAAUACUAAUUAGAUCUGAAAGUCUACGACUCAUAAUUCGUCAGUAACAAAUCUUCUU